AGCCGUCAUGCUGGGUGCCAGAUAUCCUUUCCAUUGCAAGACUUUGCCGCUGAGAGAAAAUACAAGGUGAUGGUGCGAUGAGCCGCAGGAGGGUCUCUGUGAAGGACCUGGGGCAGGGUGACUGUCAGGGCUGGUUGUACAAAAGGAAGGAAAGCAAAGGUUUCUUGGGCUGGAGAUGGAAGAAGUUCUGGUUUGUGAUGAAAAAAUGUUCACUCUACUGGUACACAUCCGACAUGGCUGAGAAAGCCGAAGGCUACAUCAACCUGAGAGACUUCACUGUAGAUCAGGCUAUUGAAUGCAGGAAGAAGUUUGUGAUAAAAGUGAGCCACCUCAACAUGGUGACACUCUACAUGGCAGCUGAGAAGCUGAAAGACAUGAACAAAUGGCUGACCAAACUCAAACAGGCUUCAAAUGAACCCGAGCCCACAGACUCAACCAAUGGAGAGUGCUACAGUGAGGAGAGUGAUGAUGAUGAUGAUGAAGCAGAAACAGCUGAUAUGUGUGCAGAGUACAUGGAUCAGCUGACCCCCAGCUCUCUGCAUGGUUGUCUCCCGCCUCCCCGCUCAUCUUCGUCUCCAUGUCAGGACAUCCCGCUGGUAUCUGGGCUGUGUAAGCGCACAGAGACUCAGAGUGCAGACAGUGAGUCUUGGCUGGAGCUCAGCUCAGAGGACGACCCCAUCCUCAGAAUAUUGGAGUUCAAAGGAGAUGACAGCCCACCUUCUGAUGAGAUGGAGAUGCUGUAUCUUCACCUCAAACACGCAAGUUUAUCUCCCACAGGAGCUCUGCAGCCAAUUACCAAACGCGACUUCAGAUCCUCUUUCAUCAGACGCUGUAAAGACGAGAGCAUUAACGACAAGCUGCACCUCAUCCGAACUCUUAACAGCACUCUAAAGGCUAAGGAGGCCGAUCUGCAGGCCAUAGAGCAAGUUUUGAGUGAACCCUCUCUGAACGUUUCCAAAUACAGACAUUGGCGAGAUGCUAAUGUCCUCUUACUGCAGGAAAUCAGUGAGAAACACAAAACAGCUGUGGAGCCACAGGUCCAGAAACAACCCUAGCGCCUGCCUUUGGCUCAAAUGCUCCAUUCCCUGCCAUCUCCAUAUACACAGAUGGCAGCCUGUGAACAUGAGGCUGAUUACAGAGGUUUAACAUGGAGGAAAAACACUCAGAAACCGAUUGUGCCUUGUGUGAAGAUGUCCAAAGAACUGAAUGACAUUGACAGGACAGGAGCAUGAAAUGUCAAGGGCUGGUUUCAGAAACACAGAUAGUUUUACACUGAAAUAUAUAACUACUGAACAGUUUUUUUUUUUCUUCAGAUGUGUACCAUUUCUGUGAGUUUGUAGAUAUGCUGUAAUGCAUAAAUCUCAUAAAUGAGAUUUAGUUUGAUCAAUGAAUUUGAUCACUGUGGACUAAGAUUGGAAUGAUGUGUUUUAUAGUUUAACUUAUUUUAAACAGUCUAAAUGUUAAUUUCACCAAAUUGUGGAUUUUAGACAGGACAAACAUUGUAAUGUUUACACACCUCAUGUUCAGCCCUUGCGUUACCCAAUCACACCAUUCUGCACACACACACACAAACGCGCACAUCUGUGUUCAAUCCCUCCAUUCUAAAGCUUGUUUAUAUUUGAUCUUAAUAGGAGUGUAAAAGCCUUCUGUUUAUAUAUUGUAUAUAUUGUGUUUAUAACAUGAAGAGUCACUUAAGAUGUACAUAUGUA